AUGAAAACACACACUGGUGAAAAACCUUUUACUUGUUCAAUCUGUGGUGAAAGUUUUACACAAAGUCAACAUUUGAAAGUACACAUGAGAGCACACACUGGUGAAAAACCUUUUUCCUGUUCAAUCUGUGGUAAAGGUUUUACACAAAGUCAAGAUUUGAAAGUACACAUGAGAACACACACUGGUGAAAAACCCUUUUCCUGUUCAAACUGUGGUAAAGGUUUUACACGAAGUCACUAUUUGAAAGUACACAUGAGAAGACUCACUGGAGAAAAACCUUUUUCCUGUUCAAUCUGUGGUAAAGGUUUUACACUUAGGCAAUCUUUGAAAACACACAUGAGAACACACGCUGGUAAAAAACCUUUUUCCUGUUCAACCUGUGGUAAAGGUUUUACACAAAGUAACAAUUUGAAAGUACACAUGAGAACACACACUGGUGAAAACCCCUUUUCCUGUUCAACCUGUGCUAAAGGUUUUAAACUAAGUCAAGAUUUGAAAGUACACAUGAGAACACACACUGGUGAAAACCCUUUUUCCUGUUCAACCUGUGGUAAAGGUUUUACACAGAGUAACAAUUUGAAAGUACACAUGAGAACACACACUGGUGAAAACCCCUUUUCCUGUUCAACCUGUGGUAAAGGUUUUACACAAAGUCAACAUUUGAAAGUACACAUGAGAACACACACUGGUGUAAAACCUUUUUCCUGUUCAACCUGUGGUAAAGGUUUUACACAAAGUCAACAUAUGAAAGCACACAUGAGAACACACACUGGUGUAAAACCUUUUUCCUGUUCAACCUGUGGUAAAGGUUUUACACAAAGACAACAUAUGAAAGCACACAUGAGAGCACACACAGGAGAGAAAGUGUUGAGUUGUAGUGUGUGUGGUGAAAGAUUCUCUUAUAAGUACCAGUGUAAGAAACACAAGUGUGCUGGUGAGAACAGCAGCAGCAAAUGAAACUGC